ACGCGUACCCGGCCCAGCUGCAGCGGCUCUUGGAGCAGAGCGCGGGGCCCGGCGCGUGCCGGGUGCGCAGCUUCGGCCUCGGCGGCGCCACCGCCGCGGCCACGCCAGGGAAGAAGUGCUACGCCGCCUCGCAGCGGUGCGCCGACGCCGUCGGGAGCGCAGCCCACACGUACGUCGUCAUGCUGGGCACCAACGACGCGUGGCACCGUUCCGGCGAGCCCGAGCGGGUGCCCGAGGGCAUCCUCGCCCUCCUGGAGCUGCUCCGCCCCGCGGCCGCGGGGGCGCGCGGCGCGGAGGACCCCCUCGACAUCCGUGCCGGGGCGCCUGGCCGCCAACCUGCGCGACGUGGUGCACCCCGGGCUGCGGAGGCUCGCGUCCGAGGAGGGCCUGGAGCUGGUGGAGCCCGCGCUGGGCGCGGAGGCCUACCAGCAGGACCGCGUGCACCUCUCGCUGCGCGGAGCGGCGCAGGUGGCGCAGGGCGUCCACGAGGCGCUGGCACGCUCGAAGCGGAAGAGGCUGGGCUGA